AUGCCUCACCAGUCAGCCAACUUUUCUGGCGCAUGCGCCCACUGUCGCGCGAAGAAGCUCAAAUGCGAUAAAAGCGCUCGAGUAUGCUCCAACUGCGAGCGUGCAAAGACUCCAUGUAUCGAAAUCGAUCCAAUAUCCGGAGAGCAAUAUGAGAGAGGAUAUAUUGCAGACCUGAAGAUGCGAGUCGCCUAUCUUCGAGAGCAAGUCAAUAGUCCUUACUCCCAAACGCUACCAGGUUCUGUCUCAGCUCUCUCAACUCCCGCAGAAGACCAAGUCCAGAGCAUCUCGCCAAAUAUCAAGUCUAUUGCUAGGUCUUCAUCCGUCCUUACAGAACCCUCAAAAUUUGCCGACGGCAGUAUCUUUAGUCUUGGACAUCUAGUAGCCGCAGCUUUGUCUACGCAAUUUUCUCAAGGGGCCCGAUCGUUAUUCCAAACUCGCUUCCGAUUACAGCCCCAAGCUGAUGGUACUGAGGUCCCCUUGAGCGAUGAAGACAACCUGCCGCCCCUCUCAGUGGCUUGCGAUCUGGUUGACGCAUACUUUGAAAUAGGGUUCCACAGGGUUUCGCCUUUUAUGAAUAGAAGUCAGACAUAUCAGCAGAUUGAACGUUUAUACGACAAUCGGUCUUCCUCAGGCUCUGAUCUACAAAGAAAAAAUGAUCUAUAUCAAUUAUUCAUGCUUUUUGCAGUAAGCUUGCCAUAUGCCAAAAGGUUACCAUCAAACAAAUCUCCUAUCCAUUAUUACGCCUCUGCCAUGCAAUACGCCGAAGAGGUCUUGUCUCACACAGACGGCGAAACCCAAAUCCAAAACACGAUGCUGCUUCUAGUUUUUGCUCAUCAACACGCUACCGGAAUUGGUAGUAGAUGGAAACUAGCGAGGCAAGCUAUGAGGAUAUGUGUUCAGCUUGGAUACCACAAAGCUCCCUCGAGGCCUCUUGAUCCAGUAACUGAACAAAGACGCCGGCGGCUGUUUUGGUGCUGUUACGUUCAAGAACGAUUCGCCGCAUGUGGCUUGGGACGGCCUAUAGCCAUUACAGAUUCUGAUAUUACAGUUGCUAUGCCCGACUACGUCCGUCUAGAUGAUCUGCAAGAAGGGCUUGACACAGGUACGCCCAAUGGGGUCGAGGUGGCUGUGCUCAAUCGGCAAGCUCAGUUGCGAAGAAUCUCAGCAAAAGUCCAUGAACAGCUUUAUGGAAGACGUGACGCCACCAACACCAGUUUCCAGACCAAGGCCGAAGCUGCCAUUCUGCUUAAUGCGGAGCUGGACCAGUGGCAUAUCACACAUGCGGAAAUCAGCACAAUACCUCAGUCUCCCUGCAUCUUCCACACCAGGGAAUAUAUGGAUGUGAAUUUUUACCGAGAGAGACUUUUCAUCUACUCCGCCUUGGUGGUUCCGACGGGACAAGAGGCGCGUUCAUUCAAGCCUAAUGUGACAUACCUCAGCCUCUGCUUGGACCCGGCUGUUCAAAUCAUCUUUCUUUACCAAACCCUGCUAGUCAAGGGUGUCAAGACGGUCCUAUGGACAUGGAUCCAGGAUAUUCUGCGCUCGGGCUUCAUGAUCCUGUACUGUGGAAUCCAUAUAUCAAAUAUUCUCAAAAGCCGAGAAGAAAUUGUUUCAUCCAUAGCUACGGAUCACAUCCCGGAACCUUCUUCAGUCAUCAAAGCGCUCGAUGAUUGUCGACAAAUGCUCAAGGACAUUUCGUUACAAUGGACCGCGGUAAAUCCGCAUUGGGUGGCAUUCGACCGGCUGUCCUGCGAAGUAAGAAAGCUCAUCGAGAAGAGCUCGGCCCCAGAGACAUGGCAAAGCACGCAGGGAGAGGGAGCUGACGAGAUCGCCAUGAAUAUUGGAACAAGUCAAGGACUUUGGGAUGUGCCGAUGGACAUUUCGUAUUGGGAUGAUCUUCUCGAUGGAGAUGUAAAUAUGAAUGAGGUGUUUGGGUUUGAUAUGAAUACUUUUUCGUAG